AUGGCAGACGGUUCAGACCUUGAGAACAGCAACAAAGCCGAGCUGAACAGAAGCCAGCCCGGCUCAACUAGUGAUGGUCCCCAAGAACAAAAAGACCUUGACGAAAUCCCUCCCGAGUAUGCGACUGGCGUCCGACUCGUCCUAAUCAUGUUCACGAUCUUCGUGAGCACCAUCCUUGUCUCCCUAGAGAUUGGUAUCAUCGCAACCGCAAUUCCCGGCAUCACCAACGAUUUCCGCAGACUCGACGAUGUGGGCUGUAUUGUAGCUGCAGCAGCUCCGAAUAGCGUGUCCGUUAUUAUUGGACGUGCCAUUCAAGGUUUGGGAGCCUCUGGUGUCCUCGGAGGAACCCUCAUCGUCAUCAACUACGUCGCCCCGCCGAGAAACCAUCCUCUUCUCAUCGGCACCUGGAUGGCAAGCUUCAUGGUGUCGACCAUUCUGGGACCAGUGAUUGGCGGCGCAUUCACGAGCGGAGUUACCUGGAGAUGGUGUUUCUGGAUUAACCUGCCCGUUGGCGGGCCCAUAAUCGUGCUGUUACUGUUAUUCCUGCGCAUCCCGAAGCACAUCAAGAAGGUCCCAGCGACGUGGCAGGAGAUCAUCCUGGCCCUGGAUCUCCCAGGCUUCUGCUUGCUACUCGUGUCUCUCAUCUGCUUGACCCUGGCAUUGCAAUGGGGUGGACAGACCAAAGCGUGGAAUGAUGGCUCGGUCAUCGCGACCUUGAUCAUGUGGAUUGUCCUCAGCAUUGGCUUCUUGGUUACUGAAUGGUUCCAGGGCCACCGCGCCAUGGUUCCCUUUAGCAUUCUCAAACUGCGCAUGACAUGGAGCAAUGCCCUAUUCUGCCUCAUCUCCUAUGCCGCCCUCUACCAAGUCUUGUUCUACCUUCCCAUCUACUUCCAAUCCAUCCACGGCCAAUCAGCGAUCAUAAGCGGCGUAAACACCCUCCCGUUCCUCGCCUUCUUCGCCCUUGGCGCCGUCGUCAGCGGCGCCGUUAUCGGAAAGACCCGCUACACACAACCCUUCGAGCUCCUCGGUGCCCUCAUCAUGACCGCCGGCGUGGCCCUGAUCUAUAUCCUGGACGUUGACUCCUCUAAAGCUAUGUACAUUGGUGCCGAGGUGCUCUUUGGAUUUGGCAUUGGGAUCUGCAACCAGAUCCCAAUGACAGCCGUGCAGGGCUUCUCGAAGCUUGAAGACGUUUCCAGUGCGACUGGAAUCAUGGUUAUGUGCCAAACCCUCAGCGGCGCCUACUUUGUCGCCAUCGCGCAAUCCCUCUUCGCCAACCGGAUGCUCGAGACAGUUCUCUCCAGUGCAGCUCACCUCGAUGCCACCCUGGUCCUGGGCACCGGCGCCUCCGAACUCCAGGACGUGUUCAGCGGGGAAGAUCUUAAGGAGGUGAUCGCCGCGUAUAUGGUCGGUAUCAAGGAUGUGUUUGCUUUUUCCCUGGCGUGUGCGGCGUUUUCGGUCCUCCUAUCGCUGAUUAUUCCGUUCAAGAGGCUGCCAGAUCAUGGGAAGAAGGACAAGCCAACAGAGGCGGCUGCAGAGGAGGAGAAUAAGAAGGCGGAGGGGACUGUCGAAUGGGGACAAGGAGAAUCAAUCUUAGAGGUUGGUUAG